AUGGGUUUCUACAGAAUCAUAGAGAUUGGCCGGUUGCAGUUCGACUGGGCGUUGAUCACGGCUAUGAUAGAGCGGUGGCGACCGGAGACACACACGUUUCAUCUACCCAUCAGCGAGGCUACCAUCACACUUGAGGACGUGGAUGUUCUUUUUGGGCUGCAUGUCGAUGGAUUACCUGUAGCUUACCCAUAUGCUCUUAGAGACCAUAAGGAAGUGAAUUACCUGCAUAUGUUGCAGCGACUCACCGGUUUCCAGCCAGCGGAGCCGACUGCAUUGAGUGGGGCUAGUCAAUUGCAGCUGACGCCCGUCCGGCAGUAUCUGGCGGCGAUGGAUACGGAGAUUACGGAUGAUUCACCGUCGGAAGAUAUCGACCGGCACACGAGAUUGUUGUUGCUGUUGUGUUUGGUGGUGUACUAUUCCCGAUCACUUUGGGAAAUCUAG